ACAAUCAAGAUGAUGUUUACGGUUACUAGGCAACCUCAAGACUGAAAUAAAGUUUCCGAUUUAUAGCUAGCUCUAGCAACUUUCGCUACUUCGUAGCCUUACGCCUGGGGUCACCCAGCUACAAAUUCGCAGAGCUAAAACGGGACGUUUUGGUCUGGGUUUGGUUUUUGAUCUACUGUUACAAAGUCUAGACAACAACACGACGAUGGCGGGUAAACAUGAGAAGCCUACAGUGGAUAUCGUCCAUCAAAACUCAAUUCAUAUCGAAACCAUCAAGAAAGAGCAGAGAUGCCAGAAGCUGUACACACGAUUUAGCAUCAACCCGUUCAAGAAACUCCACGUUAUGACUGACAAGCCCAUGUCCAAGAACACGCACGAGGAGGUGGAAGAGGACCCUGCCUUUCUGAAGGCCAUUCACGAUGCGUGCUUGGAACCAACCAAGAAAUACCCUCAGCCCCAGACUGAGAGCCAAGAGAUCGGAUGGAUAUCCAAGCCUCUGAUUGCUGCAGACCGCAGUGAUCGAAGGCUGAACUUUUCACGUCAGAACACGGAAAUCACCAAGUACAUGGAUGCGGCAUGGCGUCUGAAGGAGCAGACCCAGAAUUUGAGCUAGAUGUCAUCUGACAGCUAUCACACACACUUGUGCUAACUUUAUUAGUUAGUCAACAUAAAUGGAGAAAUAUCAGAGAAUACAUGUCUAUGAAGCAUGUUUGAUGAUUAAAGGAAAGGAAAAAUCAAUGUUCAGAAACAUUGAGGCUUGAUUAGGGAACACUUUAUCAAAGGAGAUGCAGGUGCAAAUCACGGGCACCAGGUGUAGAUGUUCAUGUUGCCAUGUGUGA